CGAACAUGGAACAUGGAGCAUGAAGGUUGCAAACCUGUAUUGAUCAAACGAUUGGCUGUAACAGAAACCGAUACGCACACGAGGCUUCUCUCUGGGGUAGCACAGUAGGACUGGUGCAUCUAACGUCAUAGCCGGAGACAGACGCGAAGAUGGCCGACGCGAAGAUGCACCGGUUUAGAUUCACAACAUCCACCUGUGCAGCCUUAUGUUGCUUAUUUCUAACGGUAUGCUGCAGCGACCAGGUGCCGUUGAUAAUGUGGUCCGGUGGAGGUGUUCCCCUGGGCUCUUUGGCUCCUCCAGCUGUCGGCCAUGUUGUGUCCAGUUCCCAGCUGGUCUCCUACCUGAACAGCGCUCUCAGCGGGGCCCCGCACAACGUGCUGCUCUUCCUGCAGGAGAAGCUGAGCUUGGAUGACUUUACCAUGUACGGAGGUGUGUUUGGGAACAAACAAGACAGCGCCUACCCAAAUCUAGAGUCGGCUCUCCAGGCUUCUCCUCCUCCGUCCUCCCUGGUGUUGCCCAUGGUGUCGUGGCCGGGGGUCAGCGCCGUGCCCGGCCUCCUGCAGGAGCGGCUGGGCACCUCGCCCCUGUACCUGGAGCCCUCCACCCUGGCCCAGCUCCGCCUCAACGCCUCUGUCCCCGCCCUGCUGAUAAUCCGCCUGCCCUACAGCCCCGGCACUGACAUGAUGUCGCCCAAGGAGGUCCUCAGCGGUAAUGAUGAGGUGAUUGGUCAGGUGCUGGACAUUGUGAAGGAGCAGGGUGUUCCCUACACUGCCAUCUACACUGCGCUGAAACCCUCACGGGUGGUGGGGGAGGUGCUGUCUCCUGAGCUUCGGUCUGUAGGCCGCUCCUUGCUGCAGGUCAGCCCCAGCUCCCGCUAUCCGCCUGUGGAGUUUAAGAGUGAGGGCUCCAGCUGCAUCCUACUGUGGGCAGAGAACCUCACCGUCAGCCUCUUCAGCAAGGCUAAGAGUGUCUGGGAGAGACACGACCUGACCCCAAGCACCUUCGGCCACACUGUUACCCCCUCACUAACAGGCUCCUCCUGUAACCACACCCACUCCAGACUCAUCAUUAAUUAUGAGAAUGUCCUGGGAUUCAGCUCCUUUCGCCUGAUCUUUUCCAUGGGCCGGCGGUUCUACCGGGUUUCGGCACGGGAGUGGUUCACGCUGGACCAGGUGGAGCUGGAGUACGACGGGCAGACGGCCGUGUUCAACGGCAGCCGCAACAUCUACGCCCCCGCAGAGUUCUCCUACCACUGCGAGUCCGUCACCAGCUUCCGCUACGCCCUGCUGGUGCCUCGCUCCACCACCGACAACGCCAACCAGUGGAGGGUGUCCUUCACCCACUUCCAGAUCCAGGGCUUUGGUGUGAAGGGGCAGGACUUCUCCUACGCCAGCGACUGUGCGGGGUUCUUCACGCCGGGGAUCUGGAUGGGCCUGCUGACCUCCCUGCUGAUGGUGCUGAUCCUGACCUACGGGCUGCACAUGAUCACACAGCUCCGCACCAUGGACCGCUUCGACGACCCCAAAGGGCCCGCCAUUUCUGUCCCCCAGAACGAGUGACCUUCAGUAGAACAACGGACACCCAGAGCAACAGACCUGUAUCAGAACAACGGACACCCAGAACGACUGACCUUCACCAGAACAACUGUCCCCCAGAGCGAGUGACCUUCACUAGAACAACUGUCCCUCAGAACGAAUGACCUGAGCCAGAACAACUGACACCCAGAACGACUGACCUGCUCCAGAACAACUGAUACCCAGAACGACUGACCUGCCCCAGAUCAACUGACACCUACAAGGACUGACUUGCCACAGACCAACUGACACCCAGCAUGACUGACCUGUCCUAGACCAACUGACACCCAAAACUACUUAGUGGUCCCAGAACAACUGACACCCAAAACAACUGAACUGCACCAGAACAACUGACCUGUCCCAGUACAACUGACACUCAGAAUGACUGACCUUCCCUCUUCGUGCCCUGGAACAAGUGACAGGAUCAAUACACAAAUCUGUCUCCAUUUUCUUUUCCUCUCUUCCCCUGUAUAAUCUUUUUGCUUUCCAAAAUUACCUUUUUCCCCUCAGAUUUCAGAUUUACCCAUUUAGAUAGGAGUAAGAGAGGAUAAUGAAUGAAUUAAAACUGGCAAGAGUGUUUAUGUCUAAUCCUUCCAGUGGUUGUUUGUGAAAGGCUUUGUAACUUUGGCAUUCUCUACACUCUCUGAAAAAAAGGUUGGCUUAUCUCCAUAGAUUAACCCUUUUCAGUCCCAACUCUCUAUCAUAGGUGUUAUGUGUGAAAGCUCCCCGACAAGGAAUCCAUUUACCUGACAAAGAAUCAUUCUAUCAAAUCGUUAACUACAUUGGAUUCUUCUAUGAAACCACAGCUGAGAGUGCAUGAGAGGCACUGUGUGUUGUUAAGGAGAGCCAAGCUUUCUUAUCUUUAGGCUUGAGUAAAGCAGCAUUUUUGUCAUAGCUGUUGGAAGUGAAACCAUGCACUGUACCAAGAUCUGGUGAAUAGAGCAGUGGCUGGGGCUCUUCUUUGUAAAUAUAAAGAGAUAAUAUAUCAAUAUACUGUGUGUGCUGUGUUUGCAUGUGAAAUGUUAUUUGUACAUUUGUUCUUCUUGAUUUUGUUUUAUUUUCUGUGAUUUAGACGAGAUUCCGGUACAGUGUUUUGAAGUGGAUCUUUAGUGAUAAUUUAUCUGAAUUUAUCUGAGUACAAUUAUUCAACACAAAGAACUACAGAGUUGGAAAUUCAUUAUUGGAACAUUUCAGACUGCGGGCUACUUCUAAUAGGCCCCAUGUUGAGGGGUUCCCAACCUCUUCUUAGAUUUUGGUUGUAGACAUAUCACUGCUCUGUGUUUCCAUAGAAACAGCUUCAUUUUAAUUCUCAGCAUUAUGUUCAUACACCUGAGAUGGUUUUUAUCUGAUAUGCAGGGCUUAACCACAUCAGAGGUGUGCGCUUUUGCACUCGAGAUGGACACCUGUGUAUCUGUGAAAUGGGUGGACCACUUCAUUCACGGCUGCACUGAAUAUAAUUUGGGUAGCUUAUCCUGAUCCAUGCCUGCAAAUGGACAAUGUAAAUCUACCCAGAGUUCAAGUUAUUUUACAUUUUCCUUCUAUCUAGGAUUCAGUGCUACAAGGUUGGGUACCUUUAAUAAUAAAAUCUAGUAUGCAUUUAAAGGAGCUUCAUUACCAUUUGUCAGUCAAUCAGAUGCACAAAUGAAAAUGCAGGGGGUGUUGAACACGCACAAUUAUUGGAAAUAUGUUUCAUUGUCACAGUUUUCUAAUCUAAUCCAUUCAAUGAGUGAGAUUAUUUACCAGUUUACAUUUUCUGUUCAUUGAUUAAGAGCAGUUAUACAGUUGUAGCCUUCAUCUGAAUUAGAGGAAAAAACAUAACAGAAAAUACAGGAAGUGAAUUACAAUGAACAUAAACAGUUUUUUUUGGAUCUGUUGAAUACAUUAAUUUGUCAUGUUGUGUGCGUAACUGUAGUGGCACUGUCAAGGGGUCAUUGUGAACAUAAUGUCUAAAAACGAAAUUGAUAUUUGUCAGAAAAAUACAAUUCACCCAGUCUCCAGAACUCAGACAUUUGGGAGAACUGUUAAAUCAAUAAAGUUUCAGUAUAAACCUUU